UCACCUCGUGAUUGACGUGCUUUUCAGCCUGUCGAUUCACUCCUCGCCGGUGACGUCAUCGAGCCUGUCGUAUUUCCGGUUUUCACCACCUUUCCGCUUCCUUUCUGCCUGUACGAGCCCGCUAGUGAACACGCGAGACUCUCUCUCUCCGCCAAGAUGCGUUACGUCGCUGCUUACCUGCUCGCUGCCCUCGGAGGCAAAGAGAGCCCCAGCACAGGUGACAUCAAGAAGAUCCUGGACAGCGUCGGCAUUGAGGCUGACGACACCCGCAUGAGCAAGGUUGUGUCUGAGCUCAAUGGCAAAAAUUUGGAGGAAGUGAUUGCCCAAGGUUUCAGUAAGCUGGCCAGCGUGCCGUCCGGUGGUGCUGUAGCUGCAUCCAGCGCUGCCGCCCCAUCCGCUGCUGCUGCCGCCCCUGCAGCGGAGGAGAAGAAAGAAGAGAAGAAAGAGGAGUCUGAAGAAUCCGAAGAUGACAUGGGAUUCGGACUCUUUGACUAAUCUGUCUCCUCGGGAUUUAUUUUGUAAUAAAGUUUAUUACAAAAUGA